CAAGGUACUACCAUAUUACUACUACAUCACUCACUAGCCACUACUACCCUCUCUCAAAAACUCCAAAAAUCAAAAUGCCAUAUCAUCGAUAUUUAUCUCCUUAGCCAUCAGCAUCCCAAGUGUCCAACCUUAAAAUCUUCUAUCUCUCUCACUAACUCAUACUCUGUUUGCUCUGUUUCAGUGUUUCUCUCCCCUGCUAUCUCUAAAUUGAACGUGUUUUCUGCUACUUUUGCGCGUGUGCAUUCCUCUUCCCUUCACAGCUAGCACUUUACCCACCACCACAACAACCCCUUUUGCUCCCACGUGCACAGAGUCAAACCCAAAGCUCUUUUUUUCUCUCCAAACCCACAACAACAAAAACAGAGCUUCUCUGUUUUCUCCAUUCCCAAAACACAAAAUAAAAUAAAAAAGGAAUCUUUUUCACGCAUAAUUCUGCUGAAUUUCGGAACAGAAAAUGGGUGCUGGUGAGUACUACAAGAUCCUCAAGGUGAACCGCAAUGCCACAGAUGAAGAACUCAAGAGGGCAUAUAAGAGAUUGGCCAUGAAGUGGCACCCAGAUAAGAACCAUCAACACCACCAUGUUACGAAGGAAGAAGCUGAGGCAAAGUUCAAGCAGGUUUCGGAGGCUUAUGAUGUUCUCAGCGACCCAAAGAAGCGUCAGAUCUAUGAUUUCUAUGGCCACUAUCCCCUCAACUCCAUGAAGGUGAAUGAGGAGAAUAGUGAUGGGGAUGUUAAUAGGGUCCCCAAGGGGAAGGGGGAGAAAAAUGUGGGGGUGGUUGAGAGCAAAUUGGUGUGCACCCUUGAGGAGCUUUACAAAGGGUGCAAGAAGAAGUUGAAGAUCUCAAGGACUGUUCCUCACGAAUUCGGGAAAAUGAAGACUGUGGAAGAGGUCUUGAAAAUUGACAUCAAACCUGGUUGGAAAAGAGGCACAAAAAUAACAUUUCCUGGAAAAGGCAACCAAGAAGCAGAAAGUAAAACUCCUGAUGACCUAAUCUUUGUGGUGGAUGAAAAACCACAUGCUUUUUUCAAAAGGGAUGGAAAUGAUUUGGUUGUCACACAGAAAAUCUUACUUGUGGAGGCUCUAGUGGGAAAGACACUCAACUUAACCACCUUGGAUGGAAGAGAGCUCACAAUUCAAGUCACAGAAGUAGUGAAACCAAAAUAUGUGCUGGUGGUCCCAAAUGAAGGAAUGCCAAUUUCAAAGGAACCUGGCAAGAAAGGAAACUUGAGAAUCAAGUUUGAUGUUUUGUUCCCAUCAAGGCUUACCUCACAACAGAAGUAUGAGCUGAAAAGGAUUUUGAGCAACAGUACUGCUGAUGACUAAUUCUGUCUUGUGUAUGUCUUAUUGGCUUCUUUGUUUUUUCUAUUAACACCCUUGAGUUAAGAGAGGUCAGUUUACAAUGUGUAAAUAUUUAAAUACACCUUUUAGUCUUAGACAUGAAAAAUGUGCAUAACACAAAUAAACCAAGCAUGUUACUACUAUGUCUGCAGUGUUGUGGUGUAGUUUUGGAAUAAGGCGAUUUCAUCUGCAAAAAUGGUCUUGGAUUGUGUUUAAUCAGUAUUAUAAUACAUUAUUGGGUGGGAAUAUUUACAGUCCUAAUAUGUUUAUUCA